GGUGCGUUCAGUUCGACCUUGGCCUUGUGCAAGUAACGACACGUGGACAAUCUGGCUUUUCAAGACUUGUUCCAAAUUUUUCUUCUUUUUGUUAUCUCUUCUACUUUCAUUUCUCCACCAAAUAUCACCAUGCCGUGGAAGCUUGAGCGAGGCGAUGCCUUCAAUGGCACCCAUGCCACACUGCAUACUGGUGCUAAGAUCCCAAUAGUUGGUCUUGGAACUUGGAAAAGCAAGCCAGGUGAGGUGGCGGCUGCAAUUCGUGUGGGAGUCGAGGCUGGUGUUCGCCACAUCGAUUGUGCACAGAUUUACGGUAACGAGAAGGAAAUUGGAGAGGCUUUGAAGGGACUGUUUGACAGCGGAGUUGUGAAGCGCGAGGAGCUCUUUAUUACCUCCAAAUUGUGGAACACUUUUCAUGCUGCUCAAGACGUCAGACCUGCACUUCAGAAAACCCUCAGUGAUUUGCAGCUGGAUUAUUUGGAUUUGUAUUUGAUCCACUGGCCACAUGGUUUUGAGCGUGGAGAGGUUCUGUUCCCUCGCAAUGAGGAUGGUACUGUUCGCUAUGCUGACACCCACUACAUGGAAUCGUGGGGUGAGAUGGAGAAGGCUGUCAACGAUGGCCUUGUUCGUCACAUUGGCUUGUCCAAUUUCAACUCACGUCAAAUGAACGAGGUGUAUGAGAAGGGAACAAUCAAGCCAGCCGUGAACCAGUGCGAGUGUCACCCCUAUCUCAACCAGGAACAGCUGUUGGCUGCUGCACGCAAACUGAACAUUGUCUUCACCGCGUACAGUCCCCUCGGCUCUGGUGACCGUCCAUGGGCCAAGCCCGAAGACCCAAAACUUUUGGACGAUGCCAAUCUGAAGGCUAUUGCUGACAAGUACAGCAAGACGAGUGCACAGGUGUUGAUCCGCUUCCAGCUGGAGAGAGGCGUUGCUGUCAUUCCUAAGAGUGUCAACGCUGACCGCAUUAGAGCCAACUUCAAUGUGUUUGACUUUGAGUUAUCUGAGGAAGAUAUGGUUCAGCUUGCAUCAUUCAACCGCCCAUGGCGUGCAUGCGAACCCAAACUCAAGCUGGCUGACGGAUCUGAAAUCCCACGUGAUGCUGCUCAUCCUCUCUACCCCUUCAACGACGCUUACUAAACCUUCGGUGACUGGAUUCCCCUUUUCUUCAAACGUCUUCAUGUCUGGGCUGCUGGUCUGUCCAGGCAUAUAGCCACACUUAUAACAACCCCUGAAUUUUCUACUCUAUCAUUCUAUUCAAAAGAAUCCUACCUUCUAGUCAAAACAGUAUGUUGAAAUUAUUUAAAAAGUG